AUGAGACCUUUGGACGAGAAAGAGACGAGCGCAGUGUUUGAGAAGCUCUUCAAAUUCGUCGGAAACAAUCUCAAGAACAUCGUCGAGAACCCAUCUCACGAGGGCCCCGAUGCCAACCCUGGCCGCUACUGCUUCCGCCUCCACAAGAACAAGAUCUUCUACGCCAGUGAAUCCCUCGUCAAGCGCGCUACCAACGUUGCGCGUCCCAACCUUGUCUCACUCGGAACCUGCAUCGGCAAGUACACCCACGGCGGCAGCUUUCACCUCACCGUCCAGGCCCUCAACUUGCUCGCUGCCAACGCCAAGCACAAGGUAUGGCUCAAGCCACAGUCUGAGAUGUCUUUCUUGUACGGAAACCACGUUUUGAAGAGCGCGUUGGGAAGAAUCACCGACAACAUCGCCGCCGGCGACGGGGUUGUCGUAUUUUCGAUGGCGGAUGUGCCGUUGGGUUUCGGUGUCGCCGCGAAGUCCACGCAGGACUGCAGGAAGUUGGAUCCCAAUGGCAUUGUUGUUCUGCACCAGGCCGAUGUGGGAGAGUACUUGAGGAUGGAGGAUGAGCUUUGA